AUGCGAUUUCUUGGACAAUGGUUCGUUAACAGAAGAACAAGAAAUCCAACAUUUAGCGCAGACUGUGCGACUAUCGACUUUAUAGAAGGAAAUAAUGUGACAAAUUUGAACAUUAGAGGUGUCAAUCAAAAUUUCCUUGAAGAAGCGAGUGGAAAUGCAGUUCACCAAUCCGGCUCAGCGAGAUUUACUGUUACGGUUAACUCACAGACCUCAGACUUUUCGAUUAUUAUGACGGAUUAUUCAAACUAUGCAAUCGGAUAUUCCUGUGAAAAUGAAGGAAACCAAAGUAACGUUUAUCUAUGGGUGCUUGGAAGAACUAGCAAUCUUCCUACAGUGAUGAUGGAAGCCCUAAUUAACCAAACCCUGAUUAGGCUCUUUGAUGUCACUUUAAACGACCUCAGCACUAUCGACCAUUCAGAGCUCGCAUGUAGAACGCUACCAGAAAUUCCGUCUGGACAGCCCAUCGUACUACCUGGACAGUGUGACGAAGAUAUGCCAGUUGUCCAAAACUUCAAUGUUUCUGGGUUUGUAGGUACAUGGCAUCAAAUUGCAAGUUACUAUACCGUGAACCAACUUGGCACCUGUAACAGAGCACAAUACUCUCUGUCAGGCACAAGCGUGGCAGUUACCAACAGCGAAGUCGUGAACCAAACAUUGUCAACCGUAUCAGGAAGCGCCACGCUCGCCAGUAAUGACAGCAGUGCAAGACUUCUAGUUACUUUGGAAGUACUGCCCGGAGUAAAUGUGCCAAGCUCGCUAUGGAUAUUAGCCACUGAUUACACAAACUACGCCAUUUCAUACACUUGCGUAAAUCUUGAAAACAAUCAAAGAAGAGUAAACAGCUGGAUUCUGAGCCGCACUAAGCAACUCAACUCGCAAGCUGAGGCAGCCGUUGAUAGUGUUAUAAGAUCAAAUCUAGAUCUGAACAACCGAUUCUUCAUUCAGUCUAAUCAAAGUGAUGAGGCCUGCUUCUACUAUCCUGAACCAGCACCGAAUACACCCGUUGUGUUCAGAGGUCAAUGCGAUCCUAAUAUUCCAGCUAUGCCUUCGUUUAACGCUACGAGGUACUUAGGUCUCUGGCACAACAUCGAAUCCUAUCCUUCCAAUUUCCAACCGGGUACUUGCAACAAUGCACUUUAUGAAGCGAGUGGUAACCUUGUCACCGUUUACAACACUCAAGUCAUCAACCAAAGACUAGAUACAAUCAGAGGAAAUGCGUCAGUUGUUUCCACUGACGGAAGCGCUAGGCUUUUAGUUGUUUUCCCUGAUCUUACCAAUACGUCACUGACAGUGCAGACCAAUUACUGGGUGCUGGACACUGAUUACGAAUCAUAUUCCCUGGUCUACAGUUGUGAAAACAUCAACGAUGAUGAAAGACGAGUUUUUAGUUGGAAACUUAGCAGGACCAAACAAAUGCCUGAUGCUGGCACAGCAGCUAUUAAUAAUAUUAUAUCGAGAAUACCAGUCUUGGAUCAAAGAUAUUUCGAAAUAAAUAACCAAAGCAGAGAAGGUUGCUUCUACUACCCUGACCCGGAACCAGGUGUCCCAGUAAGGUUCCCUGGACAGUGUGACAACACUAUACCAGUUACUACAAAUUUCAGUUUGAGCCAGUUCGCCGGUACAUGGUAUGAAAUCGAAGCUUAUCCGAAAGAACAGCAGCCAGGCCAGUGUAUCUCACAUGAGUUCACUGUCAAUAGCGGAACCUUCAAUCUCGUAACAUCUAGCGUGUCAGACCAAUUUUUAGAAGUCACUAACAGCGUAGCAUCCCUUGACUCCAAUGAUAGUAAUGCUAGAAUGACUAUUACCAUUAGAAGCGGAAAUACAGAUAUUACAAUUCCUUACUGGAUUUUGGCCACCGACUACACAAAUUACGCAUUGGCAUACAGCUGCGUCAACGACGGCAAUGACUUCCAAAUGAUUUACAGUUGGAAACUCAGCAGAACAAGGCAAUUAUCGCUACAGUCAAGCACUGAAAUAAACAAUGUAAUGUCUGAAGUCACUGUUUUGGAGCAAAAAUACUAUGAUGAUGUUGAUCAAUCCACCUCCGCCUGCUUCUUCUUACCAGAAAUACCACCGGGCCAGCCCGUGAUAUUAAGCGGUCAAUGUGAUCCAAAUAUUACAGUUGUUCAAAACUUUAGAGCGGCCGAUUACCUUGGGAACUGGCGUUUAAUCGAAAGCUAUGCCAGUGAGUUUCAAAAUGGAACUUGUAUAGAAGCUACAUAUAACCUUCAAUCAGAUGGCUCUGUGGAAGUGGUUAAUACUCAAGUAAUUAACCAGACCUUGCUAACAGAAAUUGGUUCUGCAGUUCUGGCUAGCAACGAUAGCCGCGGAAUACUUCGUGUUACAUUCCCAUCAGCAAGCACAGAGAUUGAUUACUAUAUCUUGGAUACGGAUUACACAUCGUACUCAUUGGUUUAUAGCUGUGUGAAUGUGGACGCCGAACGACGAAGAGUGUGGAGCUGGAAAUUGAGUCGUACAAGGAAUUUAACACCAACUGCGAUUGAGAAUAUGAAUAACAUUAUUAACGGUAUUGAGGUUCUGAACAACCGCUACUACCAGCUACUAGAUCAGUCAGACCCCGGCUGUUUCUACUUUCCGACUCCUGAACCUAAUAGACCGGUCGUUUUCCGUGGUCAGUGCGAUCCUACCAUCAAUGUUGUCAAUGAUUUCAAUGCUGCAGAUUACUUGGGCUUAUGGUACAACAUCGAAUCUUAUCCAUCGGAAUUUCAAUCAGGCACUUGUAACAAUGCAUUGUACACCCUCCGUGGUGAUGUGGUAGAUGUUUACAAUACUCAAGUCAUUAACGAGACUCUUGACACUAUUCACGGAGUAGCAAGAUUAUCGGAAGCAGCUAACGUAGCUAAGCUCGACGUAACUUUCCCUGUCGUAGGGACCAAUCUGACAAUUGAAACGCCAUACUGGGUCCUUGCCACGGAUUAUACAAAUUACUCCCUCGUGUAUACUUGCAGCAACAUCGACUCGGAAAACUUUAGAGUCUGGUCAUGGAAGCUAAGCAGGACGAAACAGUUGACGCCAGCCGCGGUCACAGCAAUCAAUAAUGUUGUCAACACCAUACCGGUGCUGAAUGACCAAUAUUAUACCAACAACGACCAAAGUGUCGAAGGCUGUUUCUACUACCCGGAACCUGAACCAGGGCUUCCAGUAGUAUUCCCUGGACAGUGCGAUCAGAACAUACAAGCUGUGCCCAAUUUCAAUUUAAGUUCUUUCGCGGGCACUUGGUAUGAAAUACAAGCCUAUCCAAAGGAACAGCAAACCGGUCAAUGCAUAAACCACACGUACACCGCCGGCAGCGCCAACACUUUGAAUCUUGUCUCUUCUAGUGUCACUGCGCAAAAUCUCAACACCACCAAUAGUGUAGUGAGAUUUAAUUCAACUCAGGAUACCAGCGGAAAGUUGGUUAUCAGUCUCACAGGAACAGUCGAACAAAAUAAUGGAAUAACAUUUUUUGUAGACAUCGACAUACCGUUUUGGGUUCUGGAAACAAACUACAACGACUUCGCUCUGGCCUACAGCUGCGUUAACAUAAAUGAAACAUUUAGAUCAGUUUACAGCUGGAAAUUAAGUAGGACACAGACCUUGUCGCCAGCCGCGAACACUGCCAUCAAUACUAGAAUUGAUCAGAUCGAUGUUCUAAACAACACAUACUAUGAAGAUAUUGAUCAAUCAGAUAAUGCUUGCUUUUAUCUUCCUGAACCGACAGACAACGAGCCGGUUGAAUUUGUCGGUCAAUGCGAUGAAACCAUUCCUGUAGUACAGAACUUUAAUAUCUCAGCAUACAUGGGAAGAUGGCGUUUGAUCCAAAGCUACCCACAAGCAUCUCAGACUGGAACAUGUAGCCAAGCCAACUAUAAUAUAAAUUCUCAAGGCUUAGUCGAUGUCUUCAAUACGCAAGUUUUAGACCAACAGUUAACUACUGCCUCUGGCUCUGCUGCCCCAGCUACUAAUGAUGGGAGCGGCAAAUUUUUAGUAACUUUCCCCAACUCGACAGAACCAGCUCCGUACUGGGUGCUCGACACAGAUUAUACCUCGUUCGCUUUAGUAUACAGCUGCAGAAACUUACCUAACAAUAGACGUAGAGUUACAAGUUGGAAACUAAGUCGAACGCCUGAAUUGACACCGAAUGCAACUCAGAGAAUAAACCAAACAGUUAAUAGCAUUAAUGUGCUGAAUGAUCGUUACUACUCACCUAUCAAUCAGACUGACCAAGCUUGCUUCUAUCUUCCAACUCCCGAUCCCACGAGACCUGUGACAUUCCGCGGACAAUGUGAUGAAAAUAUACCAGUAGUGACCACCUUUAACCCUGCAGCCUACUUGGACUUAUGGUACAAUAUCGAGUCUUAUCCAUCUGAAUUCCAACCGGGCACAUGCAAUAAAGCUUUUUAUAGCCUCCGUGAUGGAGUGGUAGACGUUUACAAUACUCAAGUCAUCAAUGAGACUCUUGAUACUAUUCACGGAACAGCGAUAUUAACAGGUCCAGCUAACAUAGCUAAGCUCAAUGUGACUUUCCCUGUGGUAGGGACCAAUCUGACCGUUGAAACGCCAUACUGGGUCCUUGCCACGGAUUAUACAAAUUACUCCCUCGUGUAUACUUGCAUAAAUGUGGACGAGGAACAUCAAAGAGUCUGGUCGUGGAAGCUAAGCAGGACGAAACAGUUGACGCCAGCCGCGGUUACAGCAAUCAACAAUGUUGUCAACACCAUACCGGUGCUGAAUGACCAAUAUUAUACCAACAACGACCAAAGUGUCGAGGGCUGUUUCUACUACCCGGAACCUGAACCAGGGCUUCCAGUAGUAUUCCCUGGACAGUGCGAUCAGAACAUACAAGCUGUGCCCAAUUUCAAUUUAAGUUCUUUCGCGGGCACUUGGUACGAAAUACAAGCCUAUCCAAAGGAACAGCAAACCGGUCAAUGCAUAAACCACACGUACACCGCUGGCAGCGCCAACACUUUGAAUCUUGUCUCUUCUAGUGUCACUGCACAAAAUCUCAGCACCACCAAUAGUGUAGUGAGGUUUAAUUCAACUCAGGAUACCAGCGGAAAGUUGGUUAUCAGUCUCACAGGAACAGACAUCGACAUACCGUUUUGGGUUCUGGAAACAAACUACAACGACUUCGCUCUGGCCUACAGCUGCGUUAACAUAAAUGAAACAUUUAGAUCAGUUUACAGCUGGAAAUUAAGUAGGACACAGACCUUGUCGCCAGCCGCGAACACUGCCAUCAAUACUAGAAUUGAUCAGAUCGAUGUUCUAAACAACACAUACUAUGAAGAUAUUGAUCAAUCAGAUGAUGCCUGUUUCUUUUUACCAAACUUAAACCCAGGCGAACCUAUUAUAUUUAAUGGUCAAUGUGAUCCAAAUAUUCCAGUUGUUCAGAAUUUCAGACCACAAGACUACACAGGACGCUGGCGUAUGAUCGAAACCUAUCCAUCCGAAUUCCAAAGUCUUCAAAGUACUUGUAGUGAUGCCUUGUACACCCUCAACUCAAACGGUAUUGUGGAUGUAUACAAUACUCAAGUUAUCAAUCAGACUCUUGAUACUAUCAAUGGUACCGCAACUUUAGCUACAACUGAUGGCAGUGCAAAAUUAUUAGUCAAUUUCCCUAAUGCACCUGCACCGUCCGAUUACUGGAUCCUUGAUACGGACUACACAUCCUUCGCUCUUGUGUACAGCUGUCUUAACAUUAGCAAUCUGCAACGUAGAGUUUGGACUUGGAAACUUAGUCGAACGAGAGAGUUAACAGCCGCUGCUAAUACACGAAUCAAUCAAGUGAUGAGCGGAAUCAAUGUUUUAGAUCAACGUUAUUACAUAAAUAUUGAUCAUUCUGACAACGCCUGUUUCUACUACCCAGUCGCUGAUGGAAACCCGCUCGUUUUCAGAGGACAGUGUGAUGAAAAUAUUACUGUGGUCACCAAUUUUAAUGCUCAAGCGUACCUAGGAACAUGGUACGAUAUUGAAAGCUAUCCGGUCCAAUUCCAAGAUGGUACUUGCCCAACCGCCACUUAUACGUCGAGUACAACCGGCGUCGACGUCUUUAAUACUCAGGUUGUUGGUCAGCAACUUGACACCAUUGAAGGCUCCGCGGUACUUGCAACUGACGAUGGUCAAGCAAAACUUACCGUAACAUUCCCCAUCGCUGGAACUAAUCUAACUACAAGUUCUCCCUACUGGGUUCUGUCAACUGACUACAAUAACUACGCCCUGGUCUACUCUUGCGUCAACAUCGACAAUGAAAAUCGUAGAGUAUCCAGUUGGAAACUAAGCAGAGAAAGAUCCUUGUCUCAAACAUCCGUGACCACUAUCAACAACAUUAUCAACUCUAUACCAGUACUGAGACAAGAUUAUUACGUCACAAGAGGUCACAAUGAAACGGACUGUUUCUAUUAUCCUGAUAACAACGGUGGUCCAGUUUUACAAAACGGACAAUGUAAUUUCAACAAUUUGAAUAUCGUCACCAAUUUCAAUACUAGUCUAUUCUCGGGACCAUGGUAUGAAGUAUCCCGUUUCCCUUCGGAACUGCAAGAAGGUGAAUGCGUCUCGAACGAAUUCAUUGCGAACAACCAAAAUCUCAGUAUGACAAUGACAAUCGUAUCAGGAGAGUCGCAAAGCAUAUUCUCUGGAUCAGCAACAUUACAGAAUAAUAAUCAAGGAAUCCUCGACGUCAAUCUUGUUAAUAGUAAUGGAGAAACCUUCCAAACGAGAUUUUACGUUUUGGACGUCGAUUACAACGAUUAUGCUUUGUUAUACAAUUGUCGAGAGAUCAACGCUACAUCCAAACAAGUCUACAGUUGGAAGCUUAGCAGAAGUCAAACUGGUCUCUCAUCAACUGCAGUCAAUGCUAUAAACAAUAUAGUUUCAAACACAGAAGAUCUCUUCGAAGGCUACUACGAUGACACUGACCAGACAGUCAAUGGAUGCUUCCACUACCCAGAAUUCGAUCAACUACCUCCGUCCAUUGAGUUGCUUGGUCCAUGUGAUGAAUCCAUAACGGCUAAGUCCAACUUCAACGUGGAGGGCUAUCUCGGCAGAUGGUAUGAAAUAGCCAGCUACCCUCAAGCCUUCCAAGAAGGCACCUGUGCACGCGCUGAGUACACCCUAAGAGCAGGCUUUGUAAACGUUUUCAACUCUCAAGUCGUCAACAGAACACUUGAUGUCCAGACUGCGACAGCUGUCGUCGCUUCUACUGAUGGCAGUGGUCUCCUGAACGUCACUUUCCAAUUGAGUAAUGUGACUAACGUAGUCAACUACUAUGUGCUCGAAACUGACUACAACACCUUCGCCCUCGUAUACAGCUGUCGUACCUUACCUAGUGGUAAUCGACAAGUCACCAGCUGGCAGCUCUCCCGUACACCAACUAUGCCGCCUGCAGCUUUGCCUAUCAUUAACAAUAUCAUCAACAGCACACAAGGUCUAAAUCAGGAUUAUUACCAGCCCACUGAUCAGUCUCCAGAAGCCUGCUUCUACAUACCAAACGUGAACAGGAAUGAGACACCAAGGUUCAGAGGACAGUGUGAGAAUAUUCAGGGCGUGCAAGGUUUUGAUAUUCAAAGGUUCGUCGGAUGGUGGCACGAAGUCGAAAGCUACCCAUCUGAUUAUGAUAGGGGAACCUGCUAUAGUUCAGAAGUCAUUCAAAGUGGUAAUAAUUACAUUAUGGUAGAUACCGGUAUUUUUGAUACAAGAGCUGACGUAAAUACUAGCACAUUGACCGCAGACAGUAAUGGAAGAUUAACCAAAACCGGUAGUAAUGGACAGACUACGGAUGUUUGGGUGUUGGCUACUGAUUACGAGACUUACGCGCUUCUUUACUCGUGUGAAAACGACACAGAUGAAUACAGACGUAUAUGGAGCGCUAAAUACAGCAAAACUCGUGAGCUCUCCGCAUCAGCUCAAAAUGCCAUGAGCUCUGUUAUACAAGCCACUGAAACCCUUGAGCCACAGUUCUACUUGCCCGCGAACCUGUCGGAUGAGGCGUGCUUCUAUUACCCAGAACAAACUGGAAACCAGAUCAUAUUGCCUGGACAAUGUGACACUAAUAUAACUGUUGUGCAAAACUUCAACCCGGCCGAGUACUCCGGCACAUGGUAUCAAAUACAACGCUACCCUCAAAUCCACGAAAAUGGCACUUGUGUGGGUGCGCGCUACACACUCGACGAGAAUACCGGUGUCGUCACAGUCCUCAACUGGCAAGUCACCAACGGUGUUCUGGACACAGUCGAGGGAACGGCUACCGUAAACUCCACUGAUGGCAGCGCUAAACUGUUGGUCACCUUGCCGAUUCGCAACACUGAUGCCAUGGUAUCAAUGGAACUAUACGUUUUGACGACUGACUACACAUCCUACGCUUUAGCCUAUAGUUGUGUCAACAUUGGACCAUAUAGAAGAGCCAUUGGUGCAUGGAAAUUAAGUCGAACGCGGUCAUUGACAACGGCAGGUAACAAUUCUAUAAAUGAAUACAUGAAUACGCGGGAAGAAUUGUUCCAAAAUUACUUCCAAAACGUUGAACAGAACGACGACUGCGACGAACCCAGUUCAGCAGUUUUAUUCAGAAGCAGUAUUAUUAUUUUAUUAAUAUGUAGCAUUUUACACCGUCUUUUAUAGUAAUUUUAUGUACGUAAUCAUGGACGUUUAACUAUCUGUCUGUAUUUAAAUUAUAGGACACUGGUUAAUGUUAAGUUAUAAGAAAAAUAACCUUUGGUACAAAAUCGAAUAAAAUUUUCAACGCAUUAAACACGAGUGUCAUUAUGUAAUACCUAGAAAGAUCAAUCCUUUUUUAAGUGAAAUGUUCCAAUAUGUACUUAUAAGAAAUUACGUGAUUAAUUUAUUUAAAUAAAUUAUUUAUAUUUUA